AUGGCAGCAAUGAUCGUUGAGUUUCAAAACUGCAUCUUCCUCAUUCUCCUCUGCUUCUUCUCAUUUCUCUAUUACUUCUUCAAGAAAACAAACGACAUGGGUCCGAGCCCUCCCUCUUUGCCAAUCAUCGGCCAUCUUCACCAUGUUCUCUCAGCUCUACCCCACAAGGCAUUUCAGAAAAUCUCGACCAAGUAUGGACCUCUCCUCCAUCUCCACAUUUUCAGUUUCCCCAUAUUCCUCGUCUCUUCUCACUCGAUAGCCUACGAGAUAUUCACAACACACGACUUAAACAUUUCGUCUCGCAACACAGCUGCCAUCGACGCGUCUCUCCUCGUGUUUGGUUCUUCCGGCUUCACCGUAGCUCCUUAUGGAGACUACGUCAAGUACAUAAAGAAGCUUCUUGCCACGAAGCUUUUUGGACCGCGGGCUAUCGAGAAGUCACGAGGUGUCCGUGCGGAGGAGCUAAAGCUAUUCUAUCUUAGGCUGUUGAAGGAAGAGAGCAUUGAUAUCUGUAAAGAAACGACGAAGUUCACUAACAACGUGAUCUGCAGGAUGAGCAUGGGGAGGAUUUUUUCAGAGGAGAACGGUGAGAUAGAGACUGUGAGGGAAUUGAUUAUCAAGUCUUUUGGCUUAGCCAAGAAGUUUCUGUUUGUAAACGUAUUUCGUAGGCCACUGGAGAUGCUUGGAAUGGUCUCAUUUUUCAAGAAAGAUAUAAUGGAUGUUUCAAACAGAUUUGAUGAGUUGUUGGAGAGGAUUCUUGCGGAGCGUGAAGAGAAGAAACCUGAGGAGGAUCAAGAUAUGGACAUGAUGGAUUUGUUGUUGGAAGCUUGUCGAGACGAUAAUGCAGAGUAUAGAAUCACUAGGACCCAGAUCAAGGCAUUGUUCGUGGAAAUUUUUAUGGGAGGCACAGACACCGCGGCACACUCAACACAGUGGACAAUGGCGGAGCUAGUUAACAAUCCAAACAUUUUUGAGAGAUUAAGAGAUGAAAUUGAUGGGGUUAUAGGGAAAUCAAGAUUGAUUCAAGAAACAGAUCUACCAAACCUCCCUUUUUUGCAAGCAGUGGUUAAGGAAGGGCUACGCUUGCACCCACCAGCACCAUUACUGGUUAGAAUGUUGGAAAAAAAAUGUGUGAUCAAAGAUUUCUUCAAUGUACCGGAAAAAACAACACUUGUUGUUAAUUUUUAUGCUCUGAUGAGGGAUCCAGAUUCUUGGGAAGAUCCUAAUGAGUUUAAGCCAGAGAGGUUUCUAACUUCAAAGCAGGAAGAGGAGAAAGCAUUGAAGUACCUUCCUUUUUCAGCUGGAAGAAGGGGAUGUCCUGCAACAAAUCUAGGCUAUAUCUUUGUAGGAAUCUCAGUUGGAAUGAUGGUGCAAUGCUUUGACUGGAGUAUCAAAGAUAAGGUUAGUUUGGAAGAGGUUUAUGCAGGAAUGAGUCUUGCCAUGGCUCAUCCGCCUAAGUUCACUCCAGUUUCUAGACUCAGCCUUUAA